AUGUCUCUCCCAUCCUCGUCGAUCGCUCGCAGCACCCCCAGCGGGGUCCCUCCGACCCAGAACACGGCGCCCGUGCUCAAGUUCCGAUGCCUGUUCAGCCACGACCUGAGACGCAAGGCCAAGCGCUGGCACGAUGGCUUCCUCCGCUUCCACACGUUCAACAAACGCGUCAUGGUCUACGACGACCUGGGCAACUUCAUCGGAGACCACCACUGGCGGGAGAGCGGCGAGAUCCAGGACGGCGAUGAGCUGGAGCUCGACAAGGGCGUCCUGGUCCAGGUGGGAGAGUGCAUGGAGAAGACCCAGAACGACAUCUCCGCCUUGUUCGAGAAGCGAAAGGCCAGCCAGGAGUCCCCGACCCAGCAGAAGCCUACCGUGCCGUCGUCAUCUCGGGCUUCGAUGAGCUCCCAGGGCACGCCGCUCAAGUCGCUGAACGAUGUCCUGGGGAUCAAGAGACCGCCAAUCGGUCGAUCGGUCACCCGUCAAUCGCCAUACGAGCAACGCCACCAGCAAUCUCACAAGCCUGACAAUGCAGAGGGCGACAGGCCUGCGAAACGACAGAGACAAGAGCCGGGGGAGGUGCUACGGCGGAAGAGCACGAAUGAGCCGUUACGUCGACCGCCAGUCAUCGAUCUGGAGAAGUCGCCAAGUCGUGAGAUACGUGAGGAGACAUUCCCUGGUAGGCAUGCAGAUAAAGCAGGCAGUGCCUCGAGGAUCCCACCGGCGCCCUCGAUUCCAGCUCAGGGUCAGUCUGGGAAGCAGACUGAGAGUACCACACGCCCAUCAACCGUCAAACCCGCCAGUGAUACCCGACCAGACAAGGCAGAACCGCCUCUCAACCCGCUACGGAUAGUCAACGAGAAGCCGCGGCAGAAGUUGAUGUACCGGGCCCUCCUGCCACCUAAGGCUUCGAAUAAAGCCAAAUCGACAGAGACGUCUCAGACGCGGCAGUUGACGGAGACGACCGCGGCGGGAAAAGGUACUGCCUCUGCUGCGGGCAGACCGCCAAAGGAGUCACCAUCACAAGAUCAGAAAAAGACACUCUAUGACAUACCGUCGCAUUCAGCAGUGUUUGGGUCUUCCGAUCCCGAGUCUGAAAUGGAAUUGGGCCAGCCGCUCCAACAGGAGAGCGUUUCCCAUGCAGCAGCAGCAGCAGCAGCAAAGAGGACAGCACCACUCGCUCGAAGUAGCUCUGAUGUAGCUGCCACGAUCCGAGAGACACGACCGGCCGCGAACCCAGCAGACGCCGUCAAGCGAACCGAGCCCAAGAUAUUCCGCAAAUCGCUAUCCGACACAACCGCACUGCAAAAUACACACGACAACAAUCGUCAUAAUCAGCAGCAGCAGCAACCUCGCCCCGUGGCCACGAAAGCAGCACCAGCGAGGCAAUUGUCGCAUGACGACGGAGAACAAGGACCCUGGACAUCCGAGGCAUUAGAUUUCUUUGACUGGUGGCCUCCCGACCGGCCGAAGCCGGCAUGA